CAUACAGUGUUUCUUCCAGUUUCAAACUCCUAGGCGGGGGGAGCAGUUCGCCGAAAGUGAUAGCUUCAACACCACAACAAUUAAACAGGCGGACUGUGCUCGCCAUAGACACUUCCCAGGGCGCGUCACAACUUAAACUAACUACGCGCCAAAAUCAAACAUACAAGGGGCACGCAUGGGAACAGCGACGAUUCCUCACCGCCACAUACUGUUCAGCCUGCGGGAAGACCGUGGGAGCGCUUGCUAAUGCUAUUCUGUGUGUAG